UAGUCCUCCAAUAAUAAUAGAGAUCAAAUUUUUUGAGAAACUACUUCAACUUGACAUAUAGCCAAUUCCCUAUAAAUGACCUUCCUCAUUAUCUUCAGCUCUAGUAACAAACUAAGAAAAUCAAUUGUCCUCUCAUACAUUAUUCUCAGCUUUGCCUAACUAAAACUAUAGUUAGAAGAGCUGAAUUUUUUUUUAAAAAAAAUCGGAUCAAUCUUAUAGACUUCACCACGAGAAGCUAUGGAAGUGGAUAAGGUACAUGCAAAAGAGAAACCCAAGUAUGGAGGAAUUAAGGCCAUGCCUUUCAUUAUAGGAAAUGAAACCUUUGAGAAACUGGGGACGCUUGGAACCUCAUCGAAUCUCCUGGUUUACUUAACCACUGUAUUCCAUAUGAAGUCAAUUAAUGCUACUAACCUUGUUAAUGUCUUCAAUGGUACUUGCAAUUUUGGUACUCUGCUUGGAGCGUUCUUAUGUGACACUUAUUUAGGUCGAUACAAGACAUUGGGAAUCGCUUCUAUAUCUUCUUUCACGGGGAUGUUGUUUUUGACGCUGACAGCUGCAAUCUCGAAACUGCAUCCUCUUCAUUGUGGAACUGCAGAAAAUAGCAUUUGCCUUGAACCAACAACAGGACAAUUAGCUUUCUUACUAUGUGGAUUUGGUUUUCUAGUAGUAGGUGCUAGUGGUAUUAGGCCAUGCAAUUUAGCUUUUGGGGCAGAUCAAUUCGAUCCCAAUACCGAAUCAGGAAGAAGGGGAAUUAACAGCUUCUUUAAUUGGUACUACUUCACUUUCACUUUUGCCAUGAUGAUAUCAUUGACUGUCAUCGUCUACAUUCAGUCGAGUGUGAGUUGGGCUAUAGGAUUGGCUAUUCCAACAUUUCUAAUGUUCUUGUCAUGCGUUUUCUUCUUCGUUGGUACCAAAAUUUAUGUCCAUAUUUUACCCGAGGGUAGUCCCUUGACAAGUAUGGUGCAAGUGCUCGUAGCUGCAAUACAGAAAAGGCGCUUAAAGUUACCAGAACAACCACAGAAUACCUUGUUCAAUCAUGUUUCCAGCAAGAGUAUCAACUCUGAACUUCCUUACACUGAUCAAUUUAGGUUCCUGAAUAAAGCGUCUAUUUUAAGCCCCGCAGACAAAACAAACGAAGAUGGAUCAGCAGUCGAUCCAUGGAGACUUUGCAGCAUCCAACAAGUGGAAGAAGUGAAAUGUGUUGUAAGAGUAUUUCCAAUAUGGACAGCAGGUUUGAUAUACUACGUUUUUCUAGUCCAAAUGCAAACUUAUGUAGUCUUUCAAACGCUGCAAAGCGACAGGAGCCUUUACAGUGCUAGUAAGUUCAAGAUUCCAGCAGCAUCAUACUCGGUCUUCUCCAUGUUGAGUUUGUCUAUUUGGAUACCUAUCUAUGACAGAAUAAUCGUUCCAUUUCUCCGAAAAAUCACCAAGAAAGAAGCUGGCAUAACCGUCCUCCAAAAAAUGGGGAUCGGAUUAGUAAUUGCAGUUCUCACAAUGCUAGUAUCAGCUGUAGUGGAAACUCGACGAAGGGACAUAGCACUUAGGCAUCCAACACUAGGCAUUGAACCAAGACGAGGCGGAAUUUCAGCCAUGUCUGCUAAUUGGUUGAUACCUCAACUAGCUCUUGCAGGGCUUUCUGAAGCAUUCACUAUCAUAGCACAAGUUGAGUUUUUCUACAAGCAAUUCCCGGAAAACAUGAGGAGCUUUGCAGGUUCAUUCUUGUUUUGUGGAUUUGCAUUGGCUAAUUACAUGAGUAGCUUGUUGAUAACAAUAGUUCACAAGACAACAAGAAUAUCAGAUACAGAGAAUUGGUUAGCAGAGGAUCUAAACAAGGGGAGAUUAGAUUAUUUUUACUACUUGGUUGCUGCAUUGGAGGUUUUAGAUUUUGGCUACUUUCUAAUAUGUGCCAAAUGGUACAAGUACAAAGGAACACAAAAUGAUCAAAAUCUUGAAGUCUCCAUGGAUAAAUUACAACCCACAAAACCUCUAGUUUGAUUCAACAUUUUCUAUUCUCUUCUUCUUAAUAAAAAUACAUAUAAAUUCAGCCA